UGAAGAAACAGUAAGAUUUGGCCUCUGACCAAUCAUUUGCUCAGUAACUGUGUCCUCAAAAAUCUGAGGAAGAAUAGCAUCUUCCCCUAUAAAACUACUUCCAAAGCCAAGAGAGAAGCCAUUAAAGCUCACCAGAGGCAUAGACACAGCUACUAUAGAUUUUAUUUUUAGGUGCCCCUUUUUCUUCACUUCCUCAAAAAAAAUGAAGAGUCUCCUAGUGCUCCUAGUCUUCAUCUUUCCUGUUCAUGCUACAAUUCCAAGCAUUAUUGGCAGCAACUUGAUAGACCAAACCUGCAAGCAAACACCCUAUUAUGAACUCUGUGUCUGGUCUCUUAUAUCAAAUCCUCACAGCUUUAGCACAGACGUUAAAGGCCUAGCCAAGAUUAUGGCUUUCACCAUUGAAGCCAAGGCCACCCAUACCCUUGAACGUAUUAACCACCUACUUGAAUACAGCAGCAACCUCACCCAAAAGGAGCUACAAGGAUUGAGAGCUUGUGCUGAUCGUUACAGUGUGAUUAUAAAGGGAGAUGUCCCUCAGGCCAUUGAUGCUCUGCGCACAGGUAACUACAAGUUUGCUCAAGAAGGUAUAAAUGAUGCUGCUAUUGAGGCCAUUUCUUGUGAAGAGGAAUUCUCCGGCCAAUCAUCGCCGCUGUCUGAUAUGAACUCGAUGGUGCAUGAUGUCUCGGUUGUGGCUUCUUCCAUUGUUAAGAUAAUUCUAAGCAGUUGAGACUUGUUUUUGCUUCCUUUGAAGGAAAUCAUGUAAUGUUUAAGUUUUGUUCCAUCAAUAAAAUUUAUUAGUUUCAUCA